AUGUCCCCCAUCAUCCUCAUACAGCGCGACGACGAUUCCGGAGAUGACGGCUCGCCCCGCUCCCCACUCUCGUACAUCGGCCUCCUCGUGAUUGCAGCUGGCAUAUGCGCAGGAUACCUCCUUUGGCGGCGCAGCCGGAGGCGCGAGGCCGAGUUUCCACUGCAUAACCUCGGCCGUUCGCUGCGCCUGGAUGUGGACGAUGACGGGGUACGUCUCCAACUCCUGGACUGUACAGAGUUGAACACUGACGCUGUCGCGCCCUUACCCCACAUCGCCCGUGAUGUCUGCUCCAUCGCUGUUAUUGUUGUCGUUGCACCCGUAUCUGCCAAACAGCCGACUGCCGAGUCGUUCAUCGCCAACAACGCCUCUACCGACUCGCUUCCGGCACAUGCCGCCCUCGACGUCCCCUACCUCCCUGCCGCCGCAGCCGAGGCGGACGCAGCCCUUGCGAGCCGUGACGCAAGCUCGACGAGCAUCAACCCGCAAUCGGCGUACAGCGACCACCCGGCGCACUCGUCUGGUCGUCCAAACUCGGGAUCGCACUCUGGAAGUGGCGCAGCGACCCCUCAAUCACACUCUGGCUCUGACGACCCGCUCGGCGCGGGCUCGGUCGUUGGGUCCGUCGGCAAGCCCGCAAAGGGGCUAGUCAACGCUCACACGCGUCGGUCACGCCGCGGCGCCCGAACCAAGGUGCGGGGCCCGAUUGAGCUGAGCGAGAGCGAGAGCGAAAGUGAGAAUGACGAGCGGCCUCGCAAGGCCGUGUUCACGCUCGACGACGACGAGUAG